GACGACAGUCAGUGCGCACACCGAUACGUAUCGCGACCGGCUGGUUCGAACACGCGCGCGCACGCACGCACUGCCCAUAUAUUGUUUAUUGUGUGAUAUAAUAUUAUAAUAAAUAAUAAUUAGAAUAUUUUGUCCUUCUCACAGGGCUUGUUGACCGAGAGAAUUUUUCGCGUUCAGUGUAUCGUUUAUUUAGUCUUUUUGGUCGCGUGCCCUCGCGGGUUAUAGAUUCGAAUUUUAAACGUGCCCGUCGUUGUGUACAGUUUUCCAAACGUUGCUCGCGUAUAGACAACUCAAUUCGAUAAUAAUUUUAUAGAACUUCAAUAUUUUGAAUUUACCCGUUGCCAAAAAGUUUAACCGGUUUUUAUCAAUUUUCUAUCCCUCCGAUGAUUCGGCGGUCGGUCGGCAGUGCGAAAUAAUAUUAUUGACUGUCCGUAGCGAUCAUUAUUUACCUACGUCCAUUCGUGUUGCUGUUGUUUCCAUUACCCGUUCGGUGCACUUAUCCGUCGACGUUUUGGAUAAAUACCACAACUGCACUCGGUGCGCGGGACGAGCUAUAAACCCCGUCGAAGAAACGCAUCUGUGAUUAUAUGGAGGAAUUGCAGAGACGACGUCCGGUCGGUUAGGUUAGGAGGCAUGACCGGAUCGUUGCGUCUGAGCGCUCUGCUGUUGCUGUUGCUGUCCCGCUGGGCGUCCGCGGACCUCGAGAAGGGCGAGGACGAAUACGUCCGCAGCUGGGUCAUCAUCGAGGAACAGUUGGUGCCGCCGUCGAGAGACGAACUGUUGGCCACCGGCAACGUGGGCGCCGCCGGCGGUGGCGUCGGCGGUAGUGUGGCCGGUCGGCGGAUCACGCCAAAGUCGGUGUUUGUCGCGCCGUCGUUCAACAAGUGUUCAGACGGUUACCGGCCCGACAGCAUGGGACGAUGCGUCAAGGUGGUAAAGAUCAACCAGGCUGCCCAGUGGGACUUUUUGAUCAAGCAGCUGAACUCCAUGUACGGCGCCGGUACAGGUGGCGGUGGAUUUCCCAUGUUGCCGGGCGCCUCGGCGUACCAGCCGGCCACCACCACGACUACCGAGCCGCCGUCGAUGAAGACCGAUAGCCCUGGACCGUUUCAAUUGAACAUACCACUGGGCGGCGGCGGCGGGGUCGGCGACGCAGACAACCAGACGAUGGACCCUGCGGAUGAACUCAUCGCCGGCACUACCACCGCGGCCAGCAGCACCACUACGACCAAUCCAACUACCACUACCGCUGCUGCUGCCACUACCACCGCUGCUGCCACUGCCACUACUACUACCGUCACCUCCACGACUGUCGACGAUGACGCCGAUGAUGUCGCCAUCACCGACCAUUCCGUUACGACUACGGUUGACGCCGACCCCGACGACCGCACUACUGCGACUGUUACCGCGACCGCUGUCACGGCGGAUGCAGUGGAUACCGCCAGACCACGACCAUACCGUAACCGUUACCAGACGACGCAUGCAGAGGACGCCAUCACUGUCACUCCGCCUUCUGACGACUCGACUACCACCGUGACGUACGCUAAAACAAAGUACGCAGACAGCAGUAAAACUACCAUCGCCGGGACGGAAGACUCGACUCAUCAGACCUUCAAGACGACUGCUAGUGCGUCACUCUCAUCUUCGUUUUCGUCCCCCGUAGUUACCACUACCGCGGUUGACGUGACAGAGACUGAAAAUCCGGUGACGGCCGCCACUCCGCUAGAAACCGAAGAAGAGGACGUAGUGACGGUGUUGGCUGUGGCUGCCGCCGCAGUUGACGGUGACAACGGUAGUGGUAGACCGGUUAGUACCACACAGUUGCCGCACACAACGGGUGGAAGGACUCAAUCAUCGGUCACGGACACGGUCACACCCGAGUACUACGAUGAUCAACCGGAAGAGCCAACGUCGUCACCGGAACCGGAUUGUUCGGCUCCGAACGCAUAUCGGUAUUACGCGGCAUGCGCGGGUUUCCGGCAGCAGCAAUUUGAACAAUUUCAACAGCAGCAGCAGUUGCUCCAACAACACCAGCAGCAGCAACAGCUGUAUCAGCAACAGCAGCAACAAUUCUAUUACCAACAACAACAACAGCACAACCACAUGGCCACCGAGUUAGUUAAGCGUCCGGCCGCCGGCGGGGGCGUGCAAGUGCGGUUCCCGGGAGACGAAGACCCAGUUUCGGCGACAGCGGCGGACAGUGCAAACCUGAUCAGGUUUCCCGGACCAGCCCCGUAUAGGACCACCAAUAAGAUGUACGAAAGCAGCAGACAUCCCACGUGGUGGCCAACGGGAUGGUCGGAUCAUCAGCAACAACAGCAGCAGCAGCAGCAGUACCCCGACGACUCGGUGCAGCAGCAACACCGGCUACAGCAUCACCUGCCGCAGCAGAAACAGGAUGUCCGGCUCUGGGAAUUCGGGUCCAGACUUCCAAAAACCACGUCGACCACGACGGUUGUCCCAGCACCCCCGGCACAGUGGUACCACAGGUUUUUCUGAACAAGUAUACCUACGCGACCGUACCUUUCCGAUCAUCAUAAUACUUAUUUUAUUAUUAUUAUUAUUAUUUUCAUUUUACGCUAAAUAUCAUAUAAUUAUUCACCCCCCCCCCCCCCACGCCGUUCAAUUCAUAUAUUUUUAUCUUUUUUUUUAAAAAUAAGGUUUUACUCAGUAUUUCGCCACUAGUUUAUUCAUUAGUUAAUACUUAUUAUUAUUAUUAUUAUUAGUAUUGUAUUUUUGUUGCCAUAUUAACGUCCGUAGAAUAAUAUUAGAUAUUCGUGUUUUAUAUUUUAUUUUAGUCACAUGGGUUGUUUAUAGUUUCAGCUUCAACUACGAAAAUAAUUAUAACCGUAGUAGUAGCAAGUAUAGCGUAUAAAAAUCCUAUAAACAUAUUCGUGUGUAUAUAUAUAUAUUUGUAUUUUACACAGCAUAUAUACAUAUAUACGCACACAUAUAUAUAUUAAUAUAAAUAUAUAUAUAUAUAUAUAAUCAAUAUUACGAUUUAAGGGUAACAGAAUAAAAUUGCCACGCUUUAAUAUAAUAAUUAUAAUAUAUCCGAUUGCUAUAUAUUUUAACGUUUUGUCAUAAGACCAAUAACAUAUUAACCUUACUAUGAUUAUUGUUUACUUAUUGUUUGUUUGUUUUUAUAUAUAUAUAUUUAUAUUAUAUAAUAUAAAUUAUAAUAUAAUAAUUUAAUGUAAAUAAUCUUUAAGCGUGUUCCUAUUAUAAGAUCACGGCCUCUAGUUGUGCGAAUAGCUGCUGCCGCUCGAUGUAUUAGUAUGUAAAUAAUCAGUAUCACAAAAAUGUACAGUACGCAAAUGCAAUACAGUGUAAUAUAAUACUUACAUACAGUUCAUAUUACUAUUACCAUAUAUAAUAAUUUAAUAAUGUUAUUUCAAUAUCGACGAAUGAAUCACGCGCUAUGGCAUAGUACAAUUAUUAACGUCAGUCAUGAUAAUUCCGCCUACGCAUUAUGUUUUUAUAAUACUCUACAUAAAGAUCGAACGAACUAUAUUAUUAUAAUAAUUAUUAUUGCUGUAUUGAAUUUAUUAUACGAAACACAAACUUUAUUUUAUAGCGUUUUAAAAAUCAAGUAACCUGCACCUUCGCAGAUGUGCUCGCAACUCCGCCGCAAGCUCAGUGCUAUUAUUAUUAUACAUAAUUAUAAUAUUUUUAUAUUAUACACCAACUUGAAAUAUUUUUUAAUUGAUUUUUUUG